AUAAAAUAACUUAAGGAGUGUGUUUUGCUUAAUUAUCCCACAAAUUGGCCGAAAGUUGCGUCACUGAGCAAUUUCUCGCUCCGUCUUUUUUUAUGGACAAUUAUUUCAGAUAAAACAUUCAGACAUUUGGACUUUGUGCAUUCGUGCUGUUCCCCAAUUAGAUAAAUACCAGUGAUAAGUGUGCAGUGCCUUUAUUGCGAAAACCAAACAAUGUCUUCCCUCUGGAACUCUCUUUUAAAAGUCCCGACUCAGAUAAAACAAUUCUCCGUUCCGGUGCGUUAUUUGAACCUGUUGGAGUACCAAAGCAAGCACCUUUUGCGCAAAAAUGGGGUGGCUGUGCAAGACUUUUGCAUGGUUGAUGAUAAGGGAUGCUCCGAGUUCGAUAAAUUUAAUGUGAAAGAAUACGUAAUAAAGGCACAAAUUCUGGCGGGUGGUCGCGGCAAAGGCCACUUUACCAAUGGUUUUAAAGGCGGGGUUCAUGUCACUGAGAAACGCAAUGAAGUCGACGAUAUCGUCAAAAAAAUGCUCGGCCACAGGCUUAUCACGAAGCAGACGCCCAAGGACGGCAUCGAGGUGAAAAAAAUCAUGAUUGCCGAAAGUGUGAACAUUCAGAGGGAGACCUACGUUUGCAUUUUAAUGGACAGGCAGAAGAACGGGCCUGUCUUAAUUGCGUCCCCCGCAGGCGGCGUGGACAUCGAAGCCGUGGCUGAGAAGACGCCCCAUUUGAUCAAAAACAUCCCCAUUGAUAUUCACAAGGGGGUGACCGAUAGUAUGGCCAAUGAGGUGGCCGAGUUCCUGGAGUUCAAGGGGCCCCUCAAGGGUUUGGCCGCAGCCGAGCUGAAAAAACUGUGGCAGUUCUUCCUCGCCGUCGAUGCCACUCAGCUCGAAAUCAACCCUUUGGUCGAAACGGACAACAAUAAAGUGAUCGCAGUGGAUGCGAAAAUCAAUUUCGACGACAACGCGCAGUUCCGCCAAAAGGACAUCUUCGCGUUGGAGGACGUCACCGAGAGCGACCCCCGCGAGGUCGAAGCGGCGAAAUACAACCUGAACUACAUCGGGAUGACAGGAAACAUCGGCUGUUUGGUCAACGGCGCCGGUUUGGCCAUGGCCACCAUGGACAUCAUCAAGCUGCAUGGGGGCGACCCCGCCAACUUCCUCGACGUCGGGGGCAGCGUCCGCGAGGAGCAGGUCAAAGCCGCGUUCAAUAUUCUCACGUCUGAUAAGAACGUUAAAUGUAUUUUGGUCAACGUUUUCGGCGGGAUCGUGAAUUGCGCGACGAUUGCCAAUGGAAUCGUGGGUGCAAUGAAGGCGAUGAAGCUUGAAGUGCCUUUGAUUGUCAGACUGGAAGGCACGAAUGCGGCGGAGGCCCGGAGAAUUAUCAAGGAUUCAGGCAUGAAUAUCCAAACAGCUGAAAAUCUCGACGAUGCCGCCAAAAAAGCGGUGCAGAAUGCCUAACGUGUUUUUGUUGAUAAAGUGUUAAUUUGUUGAUAUUGCUCAUUAGUCAACAGCACAAAAAACUGUUCAAAUGACCAAUGUUUUCAUUACUUCGUUUUGAUAUUGUAUUUUCGGUUAAUAAAAAUUUCUCAUAUA